CCAUCUACAACCAAAGACCACAUGGUGGCGGAUCAUGCGUGUCUUCACUUUGCCAGAAUGGGUCGUGUGUACAAAUGGGUAAAGACUAUUUCUGUCUCUGCUCACCUGGAUAUGCGGGAAGACACUGCGAGAUCGACAAAGAUGACUGUGAAGAAGAGCCUUGUUCAUUUGGCCAUUGCAUUGACAUGGUGGAUAAAUAUCAUUGCGACUGUAAUAUAUUCUUCACUGGAUUAAACUGCACCAAAAUGAAAUGGUGGGGGAUAAUGUCAUUGUGUUUUGCUGCACUUGCUGGUCUGUUGAUAUUGUGUUGUUGUUUGUGUUGUAUCUCUUCUUGCACGAGUAAAAGAGAUGACGAGGACAGGAUCGAGAAACAAUUGGCUCCUAGAAUAGUGAAACCUCCUCCAUUUACAAAGAAAUCAAAAAGAGCAUGAACGAGCUAACUUGAAACAAGAUGACACAGUUUUUAUUUUCUGUCUAUCUAAAUGUAUAUAACUUUGUGUAUGCUUUUUUCAAUUAGUAAUACAAUAUGACGAAUGCAUUAACAUGCA